CAGCCGACCGUUAUCCGGGGCCGGGCUGCGGCGGAACCUCAGAGGAGAAAUGUGACGGAUCGAGCCGGUGAUAAGGAAAGUCCCAGUACCGCAGCAGAACCAGGCUCCCCCGUUAACCACAGCAGCCCGGCGGACAUGAGAAUGAACACUAGUCACACGGUGAUGGGCUUGUUUGAUUUCUAAGUGAGAUUGAAGACAGUGAAACCUCGUGGAGCCGUGCCCUGACAGUUGAUUGACAGGAGCGUCUCCGGUGCCAUCCCUCUACGUGGCACUCUUCUCGCCACCUGCGAGUCUCUGAAGGAACCGUCACUGUCAUCGAGGGAUCGGACACAUCCUCGCUGCACUUUUCCCAGCCAGACUCCCGCCCACCCCACCCCACCCCCCGCCCCUUCAGCACAUCACCUCACCCUCGCCUCCCCCAGGAGGGAGAGAACAGCAGCCACCAUGGUGCUGUCACAGAGACAAAGAGAUGAACUAAACCGAGCUAUAGCCGACUAUCUCCGUUCCAAUGGGUACGAGGAGGCCUACUCCACCUUUAAGAAAGAGGCCGAGAUUGAUAUGAAUGAAGAGGUAGAUAAAAAGUAUGCAGGGCUUUUGGAAAAGAAAUGGACUUCAGUCAUCAGAUUACAGAAGAAGGUUAUGGAGCUAGAGUCGAAGUUAAACGAGGCGAAGGAGGAGAUGACACACGGAGGAUCUGUCAGUCAGAAGAGAGACCCCAAGGAGUGGAUCCCCCGUCCCCCAGAGAGAUACCACCUGAGUGGGCACCGCGCUCCGGUCACACGUGUCAUAUUCCACCCGGUUUUCUCCGUCAUGGUCACAGCCUCUGAGGACGCCACCAUCAAGGUAUGGGAUUAUGAGGCAGGGGACUUUGAGCGGACCCUGAAGGGCCACACAGACUCUGUGCAGGACAUCUCCUUCGACCAGACGGGAAAGCUGCUGGCUUCAUGCUCAGCUGACAUGAGCAUCAAACUUUGGGACUUUCAGGGGUUUGAGUGCAUCCGGACAAUGCAUGGCCACGAUCACAACGUGUCCUCUGUAGCCAUCAUGCCAAAUGGUGACCACAUAGUGUCCGCCUCCAGAGACAAGACCAUCAAGAUGUGGGAGGUGGCCACUGGGUACUGUGUGAAGACCUUUACGGGACACAGGGAGUGGGUGAGGAUGGUACGUCCCAACCAGGACGGCUCUUUGAUUGCCAGCUGCUCCAAUGACCAGACAGUGCGCGUCUGGGUGGUCGCCUCGAAGGAGUGCAAAGCAGAGUUGCGGGAGCAUGAACAUGUGGUGGAGUGCAUCGCCUGGGCCCCUGACAGCGCUCACCCCACCAUCCUGGAGGCCACGGGCUCAGAGACCAAAAAGAGUGGAAAGCCUGGUCCCUUCCUCCUCUCUGGAUCCAGAGAUAAAACUAUUAAGAUGUGGGACGUCAGCAUCGGCAUCUGCCUUAUGACCCUGGUGGGACAUGAUAACUGGGUGCGCGGGGUGUUGGUUCACCCUGGAGGAAGAUUCAUAGUGAGCUGUGCUGACGAUAAGACCAUUAGGAUCUGGGACUACAAGAACAAACGCUGCAUGAAGACCCUGUGUGCCCAUGAACACUUUGUUACCUCUCUGGAUUUCCACAAAACUGCUCCCUACGUGGUGACGGGCAGCGUCGAUCAGACAGUCAAAGUCUGGGAGUGCCGCUGAGACCGCCUCCCACCGCCCUGAAGCCCCGCCCCCUCUCCCUCCCCUCCUCCUUCCCCCCUCACUUCUCGCACUCCAAACCAUAGUUGACCAUGCCGCUUUACCUUCUCUCCCCCGUCUGCUCCCCUCCCCUCCCCUCUCCUCCCCCUACAUCGGUCCAGCCCUAUUAAGACGACUAUUGUCCUUUUAUGUAAAUUAUUCUGGAUGUAGGGUACGCUUAAUAAAUGUCACGCAAUCUCUGAUACAUAAACACACUCAAAAGAUAAGAAGUAUUCCUUGCAUGGUGAAUCAAACAAAAAAAAAUUGUAUACUGUUAAAUUUGCCGAAUUUGCAUACUGUUGUCAUGACUUCCUGUCAGGUCAAAGGGUAGAAAUCCUUGUGUGCUGGCGCAGGUGGAUUCCAGUUAACUGACAGUGCACGGAAAAAAAAACCAAUGGCGCCCCUGGUUUGCAGGGUUUACGUUUUGUUUAGUUUCACUCCAUGCUUCCAUAGUUGUGGAUGGUGAUGAGGAGGAGAAGGAGUCAGAGAAAAAAGGUUUAAGCAGCUCGCUUGUUGAAUCACACAAGGUUCUGUGGGCGAGUGCACGUGUACAUGUGUGUAUACAUCGUGAGUGUGUUUGUAUAUUACGACAGGAGAAUCUCUCUCUGACGCUCCGAGGAGAGAGAGAGAGAGAGAGAGAGCUUCUCACCCACUUUGUUCAUCCAUUUAUCUCUUUAACAAACUUGCUUUCUAGUCGAAACUCACAGGACCUUAACGAUCCCGACGCUGCUGAGAGCACAGGCACACGCCCCACAGCUACAGUGUGUUUUCAGAGGAAAAAGUCUGCUCACCUUUUAAUGAGGUUUGUGUGUGUGUGUGUGUGUCCGUCGCCCCAGAGAAAUCGCCCAGUGCCCUCUUGCUCGCUAUCUCUGCCUUGUUAACCCUACGAGGGCUCCCUCACACGGGAUUUUCAUUCUGCUUUCUGUGGUCUCACUGCUCUCUUUACACACACAUACACAUACACUCACAAAUGCACAUACACGCACAGUAAAAAAUUGUGUAUCAAUAUAUCUGGAUGUCAUUGUUUGCAACAUAAUGAAAUAAAAUUCUGUAAAUAUAAGUUA